AUGGGCGAUAUUCUGCGAAAUUGGAUACAAGCUAGGCUAGGAAUCUUGACGGACCUACGCCCCGAAGUGUUCGGUUAUUAUACCAGAGAUGGCUCGCUUUUGGCUCAAAUUUUGCACAGCUACGACAUAAUAACCCAAGAUCAAUUGGACAUGAUCAUCGUCACCCAAGAUCCCGCCCUGUGCCGAGUCAAUUUGAGACAUCUCAGUUUUUGGCUACGAUUCGUGACUAUCAAUAUGGACGAGGACUUAAUCGAGGAGAUCUCGUGCGGCAAAGGGAGCACGUCUCUCCGCCUGUUCUACAAGGUGUACCUUUGCCUCGAGAGCAAGGACAGAUUGCACUUUAUCACGCUUCAAAAAGAAAGGGAGAAAUUCGUACCCACGUCGAAGAAGUUCGAUGUGAUCAGAGUUUGCGAGGAUCCUCCACCUUAUCAUCCAUCGGAAAAUAAAUUGUCGAAGAAACUGGUGAAAGGAAAGGACGUGAUCUAUUGGCAUCAGCAAAAAGUUCCAAAGAUGCUUCGAUCGUACAUCAAAAAAAAAAACAUUGGAGUCGUGGAGUCGAAAUACGUAAACGAGCCGUGUUCCGAUUUCGAGGUAUCUACCAGCCCCUAG